CCGCCUCCGGCCCCGCCCCGCUUGCCAGCCGCCGCCGGCUCCCUCCGGCCCGCGGUGCGGUGCGCGCCUGCGCCAGCCUUCUCCUCGGAGCAGCCAUGAUGGAAGGCCUGGACGACGGCCCCGACUUCCUCUCGGAGGAGGACCGCGGACUUAAAGCAAUAAAUGUAGAUCUUCAAAGUGAUGCUGCUCUGCAGGUGGACAUUUCUGAUGCUCUUAGUGAGAGAGAUAAAGUAAAAUUCACCGUUCACACAAAGAGUUCGUUGCCAAAUUUUAAACAAAAUGAGUUUUCAGUUGUUCGACAACAUGAGGAAUUUAUCUGGCUUCACGAUUCCUUCGUUGAAAAUGAAGACUAUGCAGGUUACAUUAUCCCUCCAGCACCACCAAGACCUGAUUUUGAUGCCUCAAGGGAAAAACUACAGAAACUUGGAGAAGGAGAAGGGUCUAUGACAAAGGAAGAAUUCACAAAGAUGAAACAGGAGCUGGAGGCUGAAUAUUUGGCAAUAUUCAAGAAGACCGUUGCGAUGCAUGAAGUGUUCCUGUGUCGUGUGGCAGCACAUCCUAUUUUGAGGAAAGAUUUAAAUUUCCAUGUCUUCCUGGAGUAUAAUCAAGAUUUGAGUGUGCGAGGAAAAAAUAAAAAAGAGAAACUUGAAGAUUUCUUUAAAAACAUGGUUAAAUCAGCAGAUGGAGUAAUUGUUUCUGGAGUAAAGGAUGUAGAUGAUUUCUUUGAGCAUGAACGAACAUUCCUUUUAGAAUAUCAUAACCGAGUUAAGGAUGCAUCUGCUAAAUCUGAUAGAAUGACAAGAUCCCACAAAAGUGCUGCAGACGAUUACAAUAGAAUUGGUUCUUCAUUAUAUGCUUUAGGAACUCAGGAUUCUACAGAUAUAUGCAAGUUUUUUCUUAAAGUUUCAGAACUUUUUGAUAAAACAAGAAAAAUAGAAGCACGAGUGUCAGCUGAUGAGGACCUCAAACUUUCUGACCUUUUAAAAUAUUACUUAAGAGAAUCUCAAGCUGCUAAGGAUCUCCUGUAUCGAAGAUCUAGGUCACUAGUGGAUUAUGAAAAUGCUAAUAAAGCACUGGAUAAAGCAAGAGCAAAAAAUAAAGAUGUUCUGCAGGCUGAAACGUCCCAACAGUUAUGUUGUCAGAAAUUUGAAAAAAUAUCUGAAUCUGCAAAACAAGAGCUUAUAGAUUUUAAGACAAGAAGAGUUGCUGCAUUCAGAAAAAAUUUAGUGGAACUGGCAGAGUUAGAACUGAAGCAUGCAAAGAUUCUUUUCCCAUACAGGUUAUUACAGAAUAUUGAGUAUAGUUCCCUGUGCUAUACAGGUAACCUACAGUUGCUGCAGAACUGCCUGGCAGUGUUAAAUGGAGACACAUAAGCCACACUCUGCUUCCAGUUAAAAAGGGCUGCCUUCCAUCAGAUUUUAUUUUUUUUCUUAAUGAUGCUAGACAUUUACUGCUCACUGGAAACAAAAGAAACAGCUGACAAAGUGCAUCUACUCUCCCUUUUUCUGAGAAACAAUGGCGCGGUGCCGCCCUCGGGUGCUGUGGGCUGCACGAUGGGACCUGCGCGCCUGCGACGCGGACAGUUGAUGAUCAUCGCGCCCUCCUCCUCUUCAGAAGCCCAAAGUACUGCCUUUUUUAAAGUAGCCUCUAGAACUAUGUUUAUUUUAUGAAUAGUAUUCCUUAUGGCUGCCAAUCUUAUUUACCUUUAAGUAAUUUCUGAAGUUUAACCCUUUCAAAAUACAUUCUGUAAACAAGAUAAGGAUUGCCGUUACCUUUUUUGAA